AUGUCUUGGAGAAUUCUACCUUUUGAGUUGAAAUUAAUGGUUUUUGAUUAUUUAGAUGAUAAAGACAAGUAAGUUAAUUGUUUUUAUUUAUCAAUUAAAAAUGAUAAUUUAUUUCUUUAUAGAAUGAAUUUGGCAGCUUGUUCAACAGAUGAUUUAGAAGAUUUUUUCAAUAGUAUUUCAUGUAUCAAGAGUGUACAUAUCGCAAAUGGAGAACUUGACAGAAUUGAAACGAGAAAUUGGAAACGCUAUUUUUUUAAUAGUGAUGGAGAAUGUUUACUUUGGUAAAUAAUCUUCUUAAAAAUCAAUUCUCUUUAAUUUAAUUUAAAAAAUAAUGCAUUUUAUAGUUGGUAUUCUUCUGGAACUUUUUACAUUGAAAGUAAAAAAACAUUGAAGAUGAUUCAAAAUUAUCGAAAAAAAGUUCUGAUGUCAAAUUAUACAGCAUUAUAUAUAACUGGAUACUUUCCAAAUGUGGAAGAAAUUGCAAAUUUGAGUCGUGUCGAAAGUUUGACACUUUGUGAUGUGUCGGAAGAUGUUGCUGUCAGGUUGUUGAGUAAAACUGAUAACAGGUAUUUGAGAUGUUUGGAUUAUGCAAGUGGAGGUUCAUCGUAUAGAAUAAGCGAAUGUGAAUUGGUAUGUUUCUUUCUUUCUCAUGUCAACUUAUAAAAAUACAAAAAAUUUAGAUUUAUAAAAUCGAUAAUGUUGAAUUUUUUGGUGUGGAAUUCACAGACGAACAAUUUUUGAAAUUCGAAUCUAGGAAAAUAGUUAUUGAGAACAAUGGAAAAAUCACACAAAAUGGUAUAAAUAAAUUCAUCGAAAAUUGGAGCAAGAAUAAAGAAAGAGAAAACUUCAAGUAUUUCAUUAUCAACGGAGAAAUGACUCUCGAUGAACCAAAGUGGGAAGGAUCACAAAAUUAUGUGAAAAAAAGGUUUGAAAUUUAUCGAAGACUAAAAAUAAUAUUAUUUUUUAUAAAGAGACCAUGAGUCAUAUGUCAUCGAAAAUCAAUGGAAUGAACAGAAAAAAGGAUUAUAUUCAAAAAAUGGCGGAUAUUCAGUUAUGUUUCGAGUUGAUUUUGAUUAA